AUGUCGAAGUAUGCGAAGUUUCUGAAGGAGAUUAUCACCAAAAAGAGGAGAUUUGAAGAACAUGAGACAGUGAUGCUUACGGAAAAGUACAGCGCAUUGUUAUUGAAGAAAUUACCACAAAAGCUCAGAGAUCCAGAGGGUUUCACAAUUCCUUGCACAAUAGGUAAUGUUCAUUUUGAUAAAGUUUUAUGUGACCUAGGGGCUAGUGUUAAUCUCAUGCCAUUUUCGAUUUAUAAGAAACUAGGCCUAGGGGAAGUAAAACCAACCACAGUCCAUCUUCAACUAGCUGAUAGGUCUAUAAAAUACUCGAGGGGAGUAGUAGAAGAUAUAUUGAUCAAGGUAGAUAAGUUGAUUUUCCUAGUGGACUUUAUUGUUCUUGACAUAGAAGAAAAUCGGGAAGUACCUCUAAUUCUAGGAAGACCCUUUCUAGCUACGGGUAAAACUUUAAUAGAUGUUCACCAGGGGAAGCUAAUCUUAAGAGUGGAGGAUGAACAAGUAGAGUUUAAUGUAUUUGAUGCCAUGAAGUACCCAUCUGAGGGCAAUACUUGUUUUGAAAUUAGUGUCCUUGAUAAUGUCAUUGCCAAAACCAUGGAAGAAAAUUACCCCAGCUUCCCUUUAGAGAAUUGUCUAGUUCAUGCAAGAACAAAUGAAGAUGAAGUGGAUGGAGAAGAGUUGAAAGGGUGUUUAAGUUUCUUAAACUCUCUACCAUCAAUGACAUCCUCGCCCACUAAGAAGUUAUUUGAGAUUAAUGCAAUAGAAAGUCACUCCAAUUCAUCAAUAAAGGAGCCUCCGAAACUCGAACUUAAAUAA